GAAAAGAAGAUACUGCGAAGUAACACCGCAAGGAAGCAACGGAAGUGUGCAUGACAGCCUUUGUGUGAUUGCGACCCCGUUCCUCUUUCCCUCCGUCACAAUCCCCCAAACCCCAUACGACGCCGUUUCCCUUUCCUCUGUCGUUUCUUUCGCUCCUUCCCUCACUCCCGAUGCGUUUCUCCAUCUCAUUCCGCGUUGUCGUUUUCGUCGCGCCUCGCUUUGCCUCGCGAUUCUUCGAGUCAACGCUUCCGUUUCGCUUCUUUUAAUCGCCGAUUCCUUCGCAGAGUGAAGCACGCUUUCUUUCCUCACUCUCUCAGGUUCUAAUCGGUGUUUUUUCGUGUGUGAUUAAGUCACUUGCGGGAAUUAGGUUAGGUUUGAACGACGCUUAGCCGUUUGCCGUUGCUGAUGGAGCGGCCUGGGAGCUUAAACGGCAGUCAGCAUGUUAUAGAAAUAGCUGGGAGUGCCGAUGCUUCCACAUCGUCUGCCUCAUAUCUUGAUAGACAUUCUAAUGGUGGAGAUGCAAUGCAGCAUGAAGAAAGAAUGAGCGGUGCAAGGAUGCCUCUUUCUCAGCCUUCGAUUUUAGCUACUAGUGUAUCUAAUGGAUCAAAUAGUAGGAAUUCCUCGUUCAUAAGACGUGGGGAUACUCGGCGGAAUAGGAGUCCUGUGCAUUCGGGGUUAUGGAUAUCUAUUGAGCUGGUCCUCUUAGUGAGCCAGAUAGUUGCAUCUAUCGUUGUUUUGUCCUUGUCAAGGCAUGAGCAUCCGCGUACACCAUUGUUUCAAUGGAUCAUUGGUUAUGCUUCUGGAUGUGCUGCUACCCUCCCUUUGCUAUAUUGGCGGUAUUAUCAUCAUAACCAUAUGCGAGAGCAAGAUUCAUCUCAAUCACGGCAAACUUCUCCUCGGAUUAAUGAUCCUUCAGGGACACUUCUUUUCAGUUCCAGAACUGGUGGUGGCGAAGAUGGUCAGGCUGCUGUUGUGUCCUCCCGAAGCAAUCAAACUUCAGUAUUGAUGAAUAGAAGAAUGAAGACACUAGUGGAAUACUUCAAAAUAUCUUUAGAUUGCUUUUUUGCUGUAUGGUUUGUUGUUGGAAAUGUAUGGAUCUUUGGGGGACAUUCAUCUUCUGAGGAAGCUCCUAACUUGUACAGGCUAUGUAUAGUGUUUCUUGCAUUUAGCUGUAUUGGUUAUGCUAUGCCCUUCAUUCUCUGUUCAACAAUCUGCUGUUGUCUCCCUUGUAUAAUUUCCAUCCUUGGGGUUAGAGAGGAUAUGUCACAAAACAGAGGGGCAACUUCUGAAUCCAUUAAUGCUUUGCCAACUUACAAGUUCAAGAUGAAGAAAAAUAAAAGAAAUGGCGAAGGCAACUCAGGUGCUGUUGAAGGUGGAGUUGUGGCUGCAGGAACUGAAAAGGAACGUGUGAUAUCUGGAGAAGAUGCGGUUUGCUGCAUCUGCCUGGCAAAGUAUGAAAAUAACGACGAGUUGAGAGAAUUGCCUUGCUCUCAUCUUUUCCACAAAGACUGUGUCGAUAAAUGGUUGAAAAUAAAUGCAUUGUGCCCUCUUUGCAAGAGUGAUGUUGGUGAGAACUUAACAGGAUCAGUUUCUGUAGAAGAUGCUAGCCAACAACGCACUGAUAAUGGCCUCACAAAUACCUCAGUUUAGUCAAGUUUAUAAAUAUACAAUUUGGAUCCUCUCAUUUUCCUUGAGAACUGGAUAAUCUCGUCUGGCAAGUUAAGAGAGACAGAGAGAGAGAGAAUUGAUCACCUAUUUAUAUAACUGGUGGACCCUGCACAGGUAAUGGUGGGUAACUCAUCACCUAUUUAUGAAACAGAUGAAGCCUGCACAGGCAAUGUGAGUUCCUAUACAAUAAACUGUAUUUCUCUCUCUCGUAACAAGAAGCUCGUCUUCAAAAGGAAAAAGAAAUCAUCAGAAGCCCCUUUUACACAUGCACACUUGGUACUUGUAAAGUUUUUUCUAUGGAAGGAUGUUGAUUGAGGUCAUCCAUUCCAUAUCAUUUUUGUUGAUUUAUUUUCUUUUUCUUGUUGGAACUGUAAGUUGGCCGAUAAGAGGCAUAGUGAUGCGGCUGAUUGUUCAAGGGACGCUCAUCAUGGCCAUAAGCUGUUUGCUAUUGACAUUGGGAGUUAAAGCGUAUGAUUUCAUGUAAAUGGGUCACAGGAAUAUAUACAAUCUGAGGUUAGUUCCAUUUUCACUAUUUGGCAAUUGUCA